AUGAUGUUGCGGAUUGGUUUAAAAAGAGCCAUACGGACUCCUUUAAUAUCAUCAAUACUGAUUUCACAACAAAUAAUUGGAGUAAGGAUUUUGUGUUUGAGAUUUAAGUCAAACAUACCAUCAUCAUCUUCAUCAUCAUCUUCAUCAUCAUCUUCAUCAACAUCAGCUUCCAAUUCAGCCAAAACUUCAAUCAAGAAACAGUAUAAUAAACCUACCGUUCCUACUUCACAAACGCCCAAAAAUUUACCAUCACCCCAAGAAUGGGAGAAUCUAAAGUUACAUAUUCCGGGAGAAACCAUACAAACCAAUAAACUAAAAGACAGAAUUCCUAUGUGGCCACUAAGUAAAGAAAAUGUGCCGACUUUACUACCAAGACCAGGAAUACCACAAGUUGGAAAGAACUAUACUUUCAAACAAGUUAUCAAAAUUCUACAAAACAAAAAGCAACCUGAAUUGAUCUAUGAAAGUGAACCGCAUAAGUUAUAUUUCUUAUUAUGUUUUUGUUUAUCAAUUGUAUUUGUAGUAUAUGCUUGUGUUUUACUUGAAUGGGCAUUUUGGUUAUCAAAAAAGGAAUUUGAUGAAAAUGAAAAAGAAGAAACCAAUAUGACCAUGAGAAACAGAGAAUGGGCAUUAUCCUUACUUUUAUAUUUAUGCCCUUCCCUUGUGAUGUUUACAGCAGCUUAUGGGGCUAUUAUAUUUCCCACAAAGUUGAUCAGAAGAAUGUGGUACCUUCCUGGACCAAAAGAAUUUAUUAGAUUUUCCACUUAUCCAUUAAUCCCAGGAAGACCAACUCCGAUGUAUACUGUUCCAUUGGCAAACAUUUCAAGAAGAAAAACAGCAAGAAUAUGGACUGGUAAAGGGUUUUAUGGAACAGCAGAUAAAGGCUUUUUUUUCUUUGUUUUAAAGGAAAAGUUAUCAAAUUUGAAACUGAAAAGUUGGAUUGUUGAUAGAAAAGGAUUUUUCUGGUCAGAUGGUAGAGUGUUUGAUUAUUUGUUUGGUAAGGAAACAAUGAAAGAAUCGGAAGCAGGAAUUCCAUACGAUAAACAAAUUGAAAUUAUUAAUAGAAAUUUGAAAUUAAAGAAACAAAAAAUGAAACAAAAACAUGGUUCGUUGUGGCAUUACAAAUUAGCAUUUGGAUUAUUCAAAGAAGAUUUGAAGAAGGUAGGUAAUUUUUUAACGAAUAAGAAAUCUAUUGAGAGUGGUGAUAGCAAUUCAAGGGAGAGUACCAAAAAGUUAGGUAAAAGAUAG